CCGAUCACACCCAGGCGAUCCGGGCCCAAGCAGGUCGGCCGACGACCGGCAGCAGAAGCAGCAGAAGCAGCAGCAGAAGCAGCAGCAGGUCAUCACCCGCAACCAAGGCAUCCGCACCCAGCGGCAUUCCGAUCCUGCAACCACCCACCCUUGUAUCCGCGGACGUAUGCUUUGCGUGUUCCGCGGCUGCUCGGACGACUACACCCAAGAGGCUGCCGAACCCUGCUGGCGAGCACGGCUGACGUUGCGGCGACGCUGCCUCGCCAGACAAUGCACCAUGACUACCGAUCCUCCAUCUCGCCCCACGCCUACUGCGAGAGUAACAGAGCUGCCUCCCGAGGCAGGGGUCCCGGUGGGUCUGUCGGUGGGUCUGCCGGCGGAUCUGCUGGUCCCAGUGUCUCUCGCUGGCCACCCCUGACGCCGAGCCAGAGUCGCAAUUACCCUCAGGGGGCUGCCAACGGAUCCAGCCCGUCGAGACCCAAGUAUUUUUAUCCUUCAGCGAGGGACCUGCAACGGCCGCCCGUUGUUCAGGCAUCGCGGAAGCUACUUGAGCAGCAAACAAGCAGCCCCGUCCGCUCCGCCCCAAGCUCACCAGUGGUUCCCGGCCGGGUUGGCGCCAAGUUCGCGGCUGGUCCGCCGUCGCUGCAGCGCAGCCCCAGAUCGUCGCCCUCGCACCCAAGAUUCGGCAACCCGGUACCGGCGGCUGCAUCGUUCGAGAACCAAGACAAUGACCCCGGCGCUGCUGAGCGUGAACAUCUCUCGUAUAUACCCUCAUCGCCUACCAAUCGAUAUCUCCGAGGCUGCGGCGGGCGUCCUGAUUCUGUCCCGGUCCUGGCGACACCCACGUUGCGUCAGCCGGGUAUGCAGGGCUACAGCCGCCCCGCAGCGAUCCCGCUCACUAGCCUCUCUUCUCGGCUUUUGCACAGGGACUUUGAUCAUCCUGCCGAUCGAGUGCCCAGCCUGAACGGGGACAACGGGAGCCUGGCCAGUUUUCCGGACUCGCUCGCCCAGGCCUCGUCGGAACAUGAGCCACCAGACCAGUCAGCUAUGGAUUGUGACAGCGCCGAUCAUUCCGCGACUGCAAAUCGCAUACACGACAUGCGCGGAUUUAGUAAGGCGCCCCACCACAACCCAGAUGUCGACUGCAACGAUGGCUUCCCGAUCCUAUCAACGGGCGCAGGCGUACGGACCUCGAGUCAGGCUGGGUUACUCUCGCCCGAGACCAAGCGGCGCCACAUCAGCCCAUCGCAAGAAAAACCUAUGCAGCUCAAACAAGAGGGGCUGUGCGGUGGCUUUCCGAUUGCCCUCUACGAUCCUUUGUUCGCCGGCGAUACCAGAGAUGGCACCCUCUCUCCCCGGAGGAGCCACGAUCGUGAACCGUCGACUCACCAAUCGACUCACCAAUCGAUCGAUACACUUCGGUCCGCACAGGAUCCAUACAUGCUCCAUCCGGAUGACUCGUCGCUGAGAUGCCAGCCAUGCAUUCACCCGACACUAAAUCUUGCACCAGACGACGGCCGCUUUGGCAAUUCCUGUCUCAAGCACGGCACCCUCAUGACAGCGGCCAGCACGAUGCCCUCGGCAACGACUGCGACACUGGCUGCGGGGACGCCGUUGCUGUAUUCUCUGCAACCACAUCCCACAUCGCCUCCCAUUGUGUCGUCCGACAUGUUCCCUUCGUGCCAGCCCGAGGUCAACUUUAGCAUCGCGGCGCUGCCGGACGACUGGCCAGAAACCAAUCUGUUUUCGUUCGACAUCGUCUCCUCGGACUUUGAUACGAUGGACAUGCACAGACCAACUCCGUGUCGAACCGACAGCAGACUUAUGGAAACGGUCGGCGAUGCUCUCGGCAACGGCCGUCCUGAUGAGCAUCAGACUAUCGUGUGCUCCAGCACUCCCCUAACGCGCA